AUGGUCCUCUGCAUGCCUUACACCCUUGUCCUCAACGAGCCGUCGAUUAUCUUCAUCCCGCCGCCAGACGUCGACCUCCACAGCGACUACAACGACUGUGACGAUGAGGAACGCGCCGAGGCUGAAGCUGUUGUCGAAGAGCUCACACCUGGCCACCGUCCAUUCGCGAUGCAGGUGAUCAUCAAGCAAGCAGGGAAACGCUACCUGAGUGAAUUACUGGUCUACUUUGCGGCUCAGCGCGAGAUCGUCAAAGCGAUUGAGACCCUCGUUGUGAGAGAGGCGCGUGGAGAGUAUGUUCCUGCUAUGAUUCAGAUUGAGGGCGAGGAACUGGGAGGUAGACGAUAUCUUUUGACUGGCGGUGAGUAA